GAACUUUGGGCUACAAGGAGUAUGUUGGUGACAUGGAUGUGAAUGAGAUCCGAGAGUAUAUGCGUGCUCUUUUGGAAGCUCUUAAACAUGUUCACUCAUUUGGAGUCAUACACAGAGAUGUCAAGCCAAGCAACUUUCUAUAUGAUCGUGAUAAUAAGAGGUAUUUGUUGGUUGACUUUGGCCUGGCACAGCGAGUUUGUAGCUCUCCAGAUGAGCCCCCUCCUGCACACACCAAUACCAAAAAGAGGCCAAGAGACGAGGAAAUUGAGGAUUCUUCUAGUGCCAAGAGAUUAGCGCUAGACCUAUCUACAAGCAGCCGAACAAACAGUGGGGUAUCGGGUCCACCCAAUAAUGUGCUUGACAUAAGGAGGCCUGUAGUCAAGUGUCCUGUCGCGAAGAAUGGUGGUGCAAGUAACGUGGCUGUAGGAGGGGUCGUCGGCCAGUGCGCAUGCGCGAACGUGGGGGGAGUGUGCGCGCCCUGUAUGCGGAGGAAUACUGCGCGGGCGCCGCGAGCCGGGACGCAGGGGUUCCGGCCGCCCGAGGUGCUUCUGAAGUGGGCGCGGCAGGGCACGGCCGUGGACACGUGGGCGUGCGGCGUGAUCCUGGCGUCCCUGCUGACGGGCCGCUACCCGCUGCUGCGGGCGCCCGACGACGUGGCCGCGCUCGCCGAGCUGGCGGACCUGCUGGGAACCUCCGCCUUGCAGCGGGCCGCCGCCGCGCUCGGUCGCCGCUUGGUGGUGUCGGGCUCGCGGCCGGGCCUGUGUCUCCGGCGUCUGGCGCGACACCUGCGAGCCCCCCCGGACCCCGCGACCGCUCCCCCCUCGCCCCCCUGCCCGCGCUGCUUCCAGCCCACCGCGCGCUGUCUGUGUCUGGACGCGCGCCACAAGGGGGGCGUGGCUGAAGCCAGCGUGUGUGGGUUCCCGGAGAGCGCCUUCCAGUUGGCGGAGCAGCUUCUGGAGCCGGACCCUGCCGCGCGUCUCAGCGCUGCCAGCGCGCUGCAUCACGCCUUCCUGCAGCCCUGACUCCUUACAAUCUCAUCUGGUCAUAGAGUUCAUCAUACGAACACUCCUAGUCAUGAAGCUUUUACAAGUGGGAGGCUCCUUUGCACAGGCUGCCGGCUAGGUUAUGGGUACCACAACGGCGCCUAUUUCUGCCGUGAAGAAGUAAUGUGUAAGUAUUACUGUGUUUCGGUCUGAAGGGCGCUGUAACUAGUGAAAUUACUGGGCAAAGGAGAUUUAAGAUGUUACGUGUCUCAAGAGCGCAGUUGUAGUGCCGCUCAGAAUUUUUCGGGUUUUUCAAGAAUCCUGAGCGGCACUGUAUAGAAAUAGGCAGGGCGUAUGAAUUAGUAGUCUCGUCCCUUAUUUCAUAAAAAAAAACGAAACCUGUUUUGUAGUUCAUUUCAGAGAUUUAACUUUAUCUUAUGAAAUUAUUUUUCAUUAGGUGUUUUAUACAAACAAAAAGGGGAGUCGCAACAGCUCAUGCGAAUGGUUUUUGUUUCAAAAAUUGUAUAUUAUGGUUCUUAUAAGGUAACUACCGUAGUUGUUGGUGAUGUUGUGAAAAAAACCUAAUAAAUGUAAGAGUUGUACCUUUUUGAUGUCAUUGAUGUUAGAUGUGAUUGCUGUCUUGCAUGUAUGGUAUUGUGACAGCUGUACAGAGGGUAGAUUGAAGGAUAAUAUAUUCAAAUACUUAAAAAAAGGGUUUCAAAAUAAUUAAUUGAAAGUAAAAAAAUUACUAGCCAUUCGAAAAUUUAUACUUCGAACCCGAGAAGAACUGGCGCAAAAAAAAAAUCGGCCUUGAAUAGCCUGAGGGCGAUCGCCCUCUUCCUAAUCUGUGGUAUCAUUAAGAAUGUCACUUACGUUAUAGUAACCUUUACCAAAUAAAUGUUUUUAACAAUAUUUUUUUAAUUAUAUAAAGCAAAAAAAAAAAAUAACAAAAAAACAACCGAUUUCAAAAAGACUAUUCCAAAACAAUAGAUAUAAUGUGCACUAAAAAGUAUAAAAAUAAUUGCGUAUUUUUAUACAAUCUAAUUAAUUAAUCUAAUUCUAGUUACGAUUAUUGUUAUUUUUGGAAUCGGAAAUUUAAGAAUGGUUUUCUCAUGGAUGCCAUUGUCAGAUCUGGACCAAAUUACAAUGGGACCACACGGGAAGCACCAGCUUUCAAUUAAAAAUUAGAAUUAUCAAAAUCGGUUCACCCAGUCGAAAGUUUUGAGGUAACAAACAUAAAAAAAAGAAUAUACCAAUGAAUUGAUAACCUCCUCCUUUUUUGAAGUCGGUUAAAAAGCAAUUUGUAUUUUUCUAAAUCAUAUACCAGCUAUGGUUAUGAUUACGCGUGAGUAAGUUAUCCAUAUAAUACACCAAAUAAAUUAAUUAAUAAUAAUAUUAGGUAAGCUUGGCUACAACGUGGAGUGAAGAAAAUACAGAUAUGAUCUGUUAUACAUGAGCCAAGGUGUAAAAUGUUUGUUACUCAGUGUAUGCCAAAUUAUAAAACAACUUGUAUAUAUUUUAAUUGGUUGUUUGUGUGAUUUUAUAAGUUAUUAUUUGUUAUUAUUAUAAAUAUAUUAUUACUAGAUGAUGCCCGCGACUUCGUCCGCGUAGAUUAAGGGUUUUUAAAAUUAAUAAGCAGGUUUGGAAUUGAAGAUUAUCUCGUGUCCUAUUCCAGUUCCGGUUUCCGUUUUCGCUCCCGUUCCCAGCAUAUUGUACGAAUUUUAUGUCGAGGAAGAUUGCUAUGGCAAACUAAACCUAAAAUGACGUGAAUUUCAAUUUUUCAAAAUUCCCGCUGGAACCAUAGAUUUUUCCGGGAUAAUAUGUAGACUAUGUCCUUUCCCAAGCGUCACGCCAUGCCAUAAAACUUGUUUAACUUCAAAGAAAAGUGGUAGUUCAAACAGGCUCAGCAGUUUUAACUAUAACCAACAGCAAACAUUAGCAACCUACAAAUAAGACUUAGGAUAUGUGUAACAGGAUAAGUAGUGUUCAUAGCUCGAAAUGCUAUACUUUCACCACAAAACUUGUCUAAAAACACCAUGUUUGCGUGUUUUCUGCUUACUCUUCGCCUUAAAGGCAUCGCCCAGAACACACUAUCACUCAGCUACUCAAACAAAGCGCCAUGUGACGUUGCCUCACCUGAUUUAUAUAUAAGUGUCUUACAGCUGUGCGAGAGCUGCGGUCAUGCGGCCCGGUAUCCACCAAAACGGAGAGGAGAUAAGUCGCGAAGCUAUCAGGUUAUUUCCACUAAAGUGGAGAGGAGAUGUGCUGUACUUAUAACAACGCCUUCGGGGACACCGCUCGUCCGCCCGCCUACUUGCAUCUUCGCUCUGCCGUGCCGCUUGAUCGCUGGACGCGGCACAAAAAAAUAUAGAAAAGGAGACAUCUCCUCUCCUCUUCACUUGAUCCAUUUCCACCGAAGCUAAGCGAAGAGGAGAUAUGGAAAUAACGAUAUCUGAUUGGUUAUCAAAAAACAUCUCAUCUCCUCUCCGCUUUGGUGGAUACCGGACAUUACUACGACCGCAUUGACAUUACAUUAAAAAUGUGUUCUUGCACCUCAUAUUCUAUUUAUUGUCUUGAAUUUCAUAUAUUCAUUCCGUUUUGCCGUGAUUGACUAAAACUCAUCCACCUAUUCUAACCACUGAUGACUAAUCACUUUGGACUACGUCCUCAGUAUUGUAAGAAUAUUAAUAUUUACAUUACUUUGGUCUUGAUCUGCAUUAAGGGAUUGUACUGUCACCGUAGUUAGCACGUUCACUACCACAGAGUACCAUUGUAUAUACUAGUAAUAGAGAGUUACCUCAACUGUUUUGGGAAAACAGAGUAGCGCCAUCUGUUAGCGUGUUUUGAUAACCUACUUUAAAAUUAUGUUACCUACAUAACUAUGGUUAUAAAAUAUUAAAACAACAAUAAUUUUCAAGUGAUUUUUUUAUAACAUUAAUUAUUGUAAUAACAAUUUUCGUUUUAGAAUGAUUAUUAUUAUUUAUGAGUGAACAAAUGAACUCGACAGUUAAAGGUGUAAAGCACAAACAAUAAAACUCAGUCUGUUCUUCCAGAAAAAUUACAGAACACAACAUACAAAACAAGUAGGUAUGGGCGGCCAUUUGUCAAUUAUUAUUGUGCCGUGCACGUGACAUUUAAUGUUUUAGAUUUUUAAUAUGACAGCAGCGACAUAUCUGUGCAGGUUUUGUACUUAUUAUAAUGCUAUCAAAUUGAAAUGCUUAAUAUAUUUAGUUCUUACUACUGCAAUAUUUUGGUACUUUUUAUAGCUAUGCGUAUACCUUAUUACCGUUGCGAUAUAUCUAAGAUUGUACCUAUACUCUGUUCACUACUAUGCUCAGAUAUGGUCUAGAGAUACUACUAUAUACUACUCAUUUUAAAACAUUUUUUGUAGAGAGAGAGAGAGAGAAAUGUACUGAAUGUCUUCUGUGUGUUACCACAAAUGCAAAUUUUGUUAAUUUUUAAAUAAGUUACGUUUUAAUAUAUUAAAAUUGAUUUUUUUUUA